AUGCCUGUACCCUCAUCCAUCUUCCGCACCCGUAUUCUUGCCGAGCUCCUCUCCGUCUCCCGCGACAAGAAGGUCAUAUGGCGGCCAUCUGACAACAUCUUGAUCAAGUCGUUCCUCGCCUUCUACCGCCUCAGCCCGUCCGACAUCAAGCGCCUCAAGGAACCUCCCUCUAUCAAGUGCAUACGCUGUCGAUUCGGUGCUGCUGGCCCGAGAUAA